UGAUAGCAAAGAAGACUUCCUUUGCACAUGCGCAGAAGCGGAAAUAAUUUUCCCAAAGGUUUAUCGGCUUGCAAACUUUACAGAAAACACAUGAUUUAUACGCAAUUUUGAGAUCGUAAUGAAGUGAUCAAUUCAGAGAUAGUGUUGUGAAAGAAGAUGUCUUUAUUUAAGGCAAGAGAUUGGUGGUCAACAACAGUUGGUGAGGAGGAGGAAUUUGACCAAGGAUGUUUGUGUGUGGCUAACAUUGAUAACUGUUCAAAUGAACUAGACAAAAUUAUAAUUGGAAGUUACCAUGGUAUUUUGAGAAUAUUCAAUCCUAAACCAACCAAGGUUGAAGGGGGCUGGAGUGGAUUUAGACCUGAAGAUGUGCUCCUAGAGUCUUCCCUGCAGGCCCCAAUCCUUCAAAUAGAAGCUGGAAAAUUUGUUUCUGGUUCAGAGAAAACACACCUUGCAAUACUUCAUCCUAGAAAACUAGCAGUUUAUAAUGUAGCAGAAAUGUCAGGGGCAGUUGAACAUGGCACACAAUAUCAAAUGACGUUAGCAUACGAACAUAAACUACAAAGAACGGCAUACAAUUUUACAUUCGGACCUUUUGGACAGGUUAAAGGGAAGGAUUUUUUGUGUGUACAAUCUAUGGAUGGCACUGUAUCGGUGUUUGAACAGGAAAGUUUUGCCUUCACGAGAUUCUUGCCUGGUGCUUUACUACCUGGACCUAUCAGAUAUGUUCCUAGAUUAGACAGUUUUAUAACGGUGUCGUCGUCAUGGCAACUGGAGUGUUACAAAUACCAAGUUUUAGCUGUGGCUACCGAGGCAAAAUCUAGAGAAGAGUCUCAAAAUAUUAAAAGUGGCAAGAGAGUUACGUUUGAUUGGAGUUUUAACAUUGGAGAACAGGCCCUGGAUGUUUCUGUGAUAUCAUUUCCCACCGCUCCACCCUCUAUACUAGUCUUAGGAGAAAGAAAUUUGUUCUGUCUGACAGAGUCUGGUCAGUUGAGAUACAUGAAGAAAUUUGAAUACGAUGUUAGUUGUUUUAAUCCAUAUGCCUCCAUUACAGAGGGAACUAUAAAUUAUUUAAUAGCAUCGCACACACAGACAUUAAUGGUUUAUCAAGACAUAUGUCUGAAGUGGGCAGCUAAAGUGGACAGUGUGCCCGUCAUGGUACGAGUCGGAAACUUUCAGGAUCUGAAAGGAAUUGUGGUGACGCUUAGUGACUCAGGAAGGCUAGAGUGCUCAUAUAUGGGCACGGAUCCAGCUCUGUUUAUACCGCCUCCUGUGGAAGCCAGGGAGUUGAACUAUGCUGAUAUGGACAAAGAGAUGGCGCAGUUACAGAAAAUAAUAAAAGAGAAACAGGCCAAUGCAGCAAUUAUGCCUAAUCUGUCUGGUAAAGAAGAAGAUUUGACGAUUAAUGUCCAUGUAUCACCUAGUUUAGAUGACGUAUCUAUGGCAACAGGAGUGGAGAUCGACGGUGAACAGGUUCCCUCCAUUACUGUCAGGAUUCAACUAAAGUCCCGUCUUCUUCUAGAGAAUAUCAAAUUGUCAGUACAUAUACAGUGGCCCCUAGCGUGUAACUUGAACUCCUUCAAUAUAGCAGCAGUUGAUCCCAACCAGCCUUCAGAGUCUUUCUGUGCUUUCUUUAUCCGGGGGAAAGCCUUGCCCUCGGAACUGAUGGCAGAAGUGUCGGCAAAAUACAUCAGUACCACAGGAGCUGUGCGGAUUGCUUCAGCACAUAUCAAGCUUCCACUGAAGUUGAUCGUGAAGCCAGUUUUACCUGUGAAAAAUGCUAUACACAAACUGACGUUUGAUACCAACAAACCACCUGUGAACCUUAAUGACGUAUUCCCCGAUUUAUUAGGAGAGAAUGCAGGUGGUCAGGGGGCAGCACUUGGUUUUCAAUAUUUUGGUGGUCCAGUAGUUACAGUACUUGCCUCAAAAACUUCAAAUCGAUACCGGUUACAGUGUGACCUGUUUGAAGGACUGUGGUAUGUAGCGAGAGAUUUAGCCUCCCGACUCAACAAUCACUUCAGUAAGGGUUCAGGAUUUAGUCUAUAUUUCAGUGGUCAAGUUCCACUAAAUGACUAUUUUGACAUCAUCGAAAACCAUUUUGAGCACAGGGUAAAUGCCGAGGGCUGUAAGGAAAUGCUGUCUCAGCGAGCCUCGCAAUUCCGUGCAAUUCAGCGUCGACUGUUGACCCGAUUCAAAGACAAAACGCCAGCGCCAUUACAGAACCUGGACACGUUACUUGAAGGGACGUACAGACAACUUAUCCAUCUUGCGGAGACUAUACAAGAGAAUGACUUAGCUCUUGAAGUGGCUUCAAAUUCACUGAGUUGUGCUACAAACUUGUUUAAUUUUAUACUCAAAUUGUGGACUAACAUGUCAGAGGAGGAAUACGGUGUGUUAAAGUCUAGUAUAACGUCGCAGGUGACGGAUACGCUCGACGCAGGCUGGGAAGAGACUGUAGACGCAUCAGUUACUCAUCUUCUCAGAACAACGCUCGCCAAGUCGGCUAAGGAUCAGACGUUAAACCCACAACCCCUGAAGCUCCCAGAAGACACUAGUAAAGUUAAGAAACAUAUAGCUCUACUCUGUGAUAAACUUAGUAAAGGUGCCAGACUCGUGGAUGGUCUACCGGUCAAUAUGAGUGUGUCACAAGGGGGACAACCCAACAAAGCAGAAAAGAAAAACAAGGUGUCCUCAACACGUAAAACAGUGAUAGAGAAUGGCGACAUGGAUCACCAUGACAACGAUGAUACGGAGACUCUGAUUGGCUCUCAGUUUAGCAGGGCAAGGUCACAUGAUAAAGAUAAUAUCAAUAUGAAUGGAAUACCUAGUUUAGCAAAUAUAGGAGCACCAAAGAAACAUGAACCUGAUGGAAUAUAUGAAUCAAAGAAGAAGAAGGAGAUCAUAGACUCUAUGGUACCAGACCUGGAGGAGAUGAACUUUGAAGGACCUAACUUAAUGCCUAUAGAAGAUGAGACUGAAUGAUACCAUCAAUGUUGUUUUUAUGUAUGAAAUCUACGGGUGCCAAAGGGGGACCAAGAUCAUCAUGUUUUCAGAACCAGGAACUAGUAUCAUCAGCCGUUAGACUGGUUAUACAUCCUCAGAGUAGACUGGUUUAAUAAAAGGAACUUAAUGAAAGGGACAAAAGCUUUACAAGUAAAACCAGACUGGGAUUUUUUUUUAAAAUUCUCAGUAUUGUGAAAUUGAUUCCACUGUUUUAAGCUGAACUUUAUAAAAUAAUGUGCUUUUGAAAGCAAAAUUGUAUAUUAAUAAAUGAAAUAGGAAAAAAUGUGCAGUUUGAUGGCUCAUUGAAACACUUGUGUCGAUUUUACUUGUUCUUUAUUUCCAGAAAGAGAUAUCACUUUUUUGUCCAACCAUUCAAUGAUAUAAUGUUUAUACAUAUAAAUAUUGAAUGUUGACACACUUAGUAAACACAUGAUUUUGUAGAAAGCAAUGGUUCUCCUAAUUUAGAAUUGUACAUUUAAUUUAUAUAUUUCAUUUCAAUUUAUUUUAAAGGGAAGUGAAUUUUAUAUAAAGUGCCUGUCUAUUUUGACAUACAUCGGUCGGUACAGUCUGACUUAACUGUUUGCUAACCGCUGCCUUAGAAUUAUCAAUGAAUUUUUGGUUGCAUUGGGGUUAAGGCAUUAGCCUGGCAACCUAGGGAUUAUAAGUUCUUGACAUACUGGAGUUACGACCUUGCUUUCUCAUGACCGUCAUAGCUCAAACUCGGAUCUCAGGCAUUUGAUUGGUCAGACAUUGCCAAAGAAUGUGCACUGACCAAUGAAAAUGCUGAGAUUUGAGACAGAACUCAGAAAAAAGUUUAAUAACCUUGAGGCCUCUGGGUCAAAUGUUACAAAGAUUUUUUCUACGCUCAAACUUAAAUCUCCAGUAAUCUCCAGAUUGGUUUUAAACCAGCUCUGAAUGUACACUGACCAAUGAAAAUGCUGACAUUUUAGACUGUUCAGAAAAGGGGAUUUAUAAUCUUGAGGCUUAUUACUGGUUAGUUUGAGGAAGCGGAGUUUUGACUGAUUCAGAUGAGAUAAAAUAAAUAUGUAAAAACCAAGAAAUAUCUUGAUAGUGGACAUUUUAACUUCAAAUCGUACAGAAAUUAUCAUCUUGCAAUUUAAAUAGCAAUAAUAUCUGGAGCUAGAAUGUACUUUUGAAAUAUUUGCAUGAAAAAUGAGACAUAUUUUGGGUGAUAAGUGUGCUGUGAAGGUGUUGUUUUUUUUAAGUUGACCUAUUCUAAAUGUGGUUUUUACUUUAGGAUAUACUAGAUCUACAACGUUUCUUUGUUAAAGUGUUCCGUUUUGUAUUUUGUUUUGUUUUCUUAAUGAAAAAAAAAUCUCAUUUACGUUUUGUCAAAUUCAUGUACUUAUGUGAACAUGUGUAUGUUAUUUAUUUCUUUGUUAUGUUUAUUUGUAACCACACUUGCAUUUCAUUAUGUACAGUUAGAUCUAGGUCUGUCCUCUUACAUUACUUCAUGAUAGCGUGUUAGGAAAUUUGAGUCGCGUCAUGACAAAACCAACGUAAUGGGUUUGCGACCAGCAUGGAUCCAGACCAGCAUGCGCAUCUGCGCAGUGACCAGGAUCCAUACUGUUCGCUGUCUGUUUUUCUACUUAUUAUAGGUUGGUUAGCAAACAGCAUGGAUCCUGAUCAAACUGCGCGGAUGCACAGGCUGGUCUGGAUCCAUGCUUGUUGCAAACCCAUUAUAUUGGUUUUGUAAUGGCGCGGCUCAUUUAUGUUUGUUUAUAUUCCAUUUGCAUUCCAAUUUGUUUAUGAUAUUGUUUUUAGUAUUUUUACCGCUUAGCCCGUUAUGUUAUAUAACUGUGAAAUUGAAGCAUUCAUGUCGAAUUUUUGAAGUCGAAUAUAUCUACCUAGGCAGUAAAAAGGAUUCUUUUCUUAAUUAAUACUUAAAUGUUCCAUUUUUUUUUUACUAAAAAAAAGUUCUUAAUUUGGAUAUGUGAUAAAUAGCAUGUUAUAUUUGUGUAGGUCCAUUCCUAAAUUUAUUGAAGGAGUUGAAAUAAAUUAUAUUACAGAUAUUCAUAAUAGAAUGUACACUCAUUUUAAUAUCCUGUAAUUUAUUUUUGUUUAUUUCGUUAAAGAAUAGACAAGUUUCAUUUUGUGCAUUGAAUAAAUUAUUUUCAUCUGUAAUUAGUAAUUUCUGUUUUAGAAAUAAUCUCAAUGUUUUUAUGACAUAAUGUUGAUAAUCAUUGCUCAUCUUGUAUACACUGUGAAUAUUUAGCUAUACCUACAUGCUUAGUGUAAUUAUCCUAUUUCCCUUAGCUCAACCCUGAUUCAAAAAUCAUAUGGAAUAGAUGUUAUCUGGACCUCGGCAAUGUGGGUUUUUCCCACCUAAUCUGUAGGUACAAACUUACUUUUACUGUUAUAGCUUCACACUGCACUACCCAUCACAAUAGAUAAGCCAACUGUUUGGCUCAUUUUCAAAGCUGUAAAUGUAAAGGUUUGUUUGUAUCUAUGUUAUUAGCUGGGAAAAACCCAAAUAUUCUUAAUUCCAAAGUUAGUCUAUAAGUAGUCGUUCACUUGCAGAGAAGUUGGUAAUUACUGGUUAGUUAUCCAGGAAAGUUUUUUAGGCAGAUCAACUGCCGCGAUUUG